UUGAUUGUCUUCAUCAUGACCAUCAUCUCUCUGCUCCUGCUGGUCUCUCUGCUGCCACACCUGACCUUCACUGCUCGUGUGAAUGUGGGUAUAGUGAAUGGCAAAGAAGCAAAACCCCACUCCAGACCUUACAUGGUUUCUCUUCAGAAUCGUUUUAAACAUACCUGUGGUGGAUUCCUCAUCUCUGAUGAGUUUGUCAUGACUGCUGCUCAUUGCUGGAAAGGAUAUCCAGAGAUUCUGACGGUUGUGGUUGGUGCCUCAUGA